CAAGCCUCGAUGGACGCGGGGAAGUUGCUUGGCUUGACCACUCCGGGAUUCUAGCAUCUCCAAUCCUUCCAAACUCAAUUGUGGAGCCGAUAUUGCCUGCCCUGCGAUCAAGCCAUACGCUAGAGCUGCCCGGCAGCAAUCAUAGUCAUGCCGGUUCUUCGACCAGGUCGACUCAAGACAAUCCUGUCGGCAACCGGAGCGUUGUUACUCAUCUGCACGGUGUACGUGUAUUGGGCUCCGCCUCCGGCCUCAGUAGUUCCCAGCACCGCCUUCGAAGUCCCCCUCGCUGAACGACAGAAUGCCUUUUGGAAAGUCUUGAACCCGAUUCUACAAGCGCACGCACCGAACAGCCCUACUCCCAAGCGCUUGGCCGACGUCAGCGCAAUUGGCUUCAAUGCCACCACGACCGACCUCCGUCCCGAUUUGACCAUAAUCAGUGAUGCGGAUCUACAGGCGAUGGAAGAGGCGCAUGCGACUUAUGUGGAGGAGUGUCGUAAUUCCGAACGCCUGCGACCCGUGCACACCCCGGGCACGCGGGGCAUCGUGUCGACGGCGGGCGCCUCCUAUUUCCCGGUAUUCUUGUCAUCCCUGCGGAUGCUCCGACGGCUGGGGUCGACGUUGCCAGUGGAAGUGUAUAUGAAAGACAAGAGUGAAUACGAGAAACAUAUUUGUGAUGAGAUCCUGCCUGGUCUGGGAGCGCGCUGCCUUGUUCUUUCGGACAUUGUCGGCAAGGGCGCGAUUGAGCAUUAUCAACUCAAAAUCUUUGCCGUUCUGUUCUCUUCAUUCGAGGAGGUCAUAUGGAUGGACGCGGACUGCUUCCCGCUCCACAAGCCUGAAAUCCUGCUGGAGUCGGAGCCGUUUACUUCCAAAGGGUUAGUCACAUGGCCGGACUUUUGGAUCUCCUCGGCGUCUCCGCUCUACUUCAACAUCUCUCAGCAGGAAAUGCCGGCUCUAUCGGAGCGCGCAUCGUCAGAAGCGGGCGUCUUCCUGGUGUCCAAAAAGACGCACCAGCUGACCCUGCUCCUCGCGGCAUAUUACAACUAUCACGGUCCGUCGCACUAUUUCCGGCUGUUGUCGCAAGGGGCACCGGGUGAGGGCGAUAAGGAAACUUUCCUCCACGCUGCCACGGCCGUUGGGGAGCCUUUUUACGCGGUCAGUGAGCGGGUUCAGGCGGUCGGCCACACGAAACCGGGUGGGAUUGCGGGCUCUGCCAUGGUGCAGACGGACCCGGUUGAGGACUACGCCUUGACCAGUGCGGGCAAAUGGCGCGUGCAAGAUCCUUCUGUAGCCAAAGCUCCCCGUGCUUUCUUCAUCCAUGCCAAUUACCCCAAGUUCAACCCCGGCGACAAGGUAUUUGGCAUGAAGUGGGAGACUACGCCUACGCUCCGGCCCGACGGCACGGACGGACGGGCGUGGCUGGUAGCCGAGUCUACGGUCAAGCGAUUUGGAUACGACGUGGAGAAAGCCUACUGGGAGGAGAUCAAGAACGUCAGCUGCGACCCUGCCAUCAGCUUCCGGACGUGGGAGAGAAAAGAUGAGAUUUGCGAACGGGUGCAGAGCUACUGGGCGAAUGUUUUUGCAGAACCCCAUAGUGACGACCCUGAAUUUACCGACGACACUUAAUUUCCAUGUUGCUGAGUGCAGUGAUGGAACAGUCAUGAAGAUUAACCGCCGGGCGUUGCGCCAUGCUGUUUAUGAUCGAGACGGC